AUGUUGAAGAUAAUAGCGGUUGUGCUGUGUGUGCCAUACUGCACGGUUGUUCUCCAUCAAUUUUUGCAUUCCUUCGUUAAUGUAUUGUUAAUAUGGGGCAGGAGUAACAAGACAUACUUUUCAUUGAGGCGAACACAGUCCAGAGCUGUGGGGCUCUCGGGUCGUUGGAACGCCAUCAGGACGAUCGAACACGAUGAGUUUUUUGUUCCACGACCGACGGUGCGUGUUUCUAACAAAGAAUCAGUGGGCAACUUGACGAUUGAAGACGGCCAUUGCAUGGUCAAUGGAACAAUUUGGGGCAGUCCUUGCACAGAGGGGAACAACACAGCCAACAUUACCGUAAAAGACGUGAGUUUGCAGAACAGGCUGGAUAUUUUCACGGAUUGGGAAUUCCACACUCCUGUUUCAACCACAGUGUUUGCGCCAUACUGCAACUUCCCAAAACCUGAUAAAGAUGAAGUCGAUGUGCAGACGUCAUUUCCACUCUCUCACUUUGUCAAGGGCCAAGAGUCCUUUGAACUAGCUUUUGCAAUUGGUGGAGCAGAUAGCAAUGGAACGACUCAUUUUGGUGUGAACGGAGAGCGGGCCUGUGAAUGGAGGGGACAUAAACUCGUGCAAAACAUCACCGAUCUUUGCACUGACAUGGAGAUAAACAGAACUUCGGAUUUGCGGGUUUUUCGCAUAACUUUGCCUACAACAUCCGAUGAGCCAUAUGCCAGCUUCGGUUGGGGUCACUACAAUUCAUUUUUGACGGUGACCGUGGAUUUUACCCAAAAUGGACCUGCGCUGGUGCACACCAUCACGGUGGUGCUGGAGUCAAUGUUGGUGGUGACAUUGCUGGCGAUGUAG